ACAACAGCCAGGUCAAACAGCCAUGAAGUUCUGGACUUUGCUCUGCGUGUUGUUCUCCAUGACGUCCCUGUUGUUUGUAGUUCAGGUCCUCUCGAAAAAUUCUUACCUGAAAACCCAGACGACGAUGAACAGUUACUUUAAUUCUGCUGUCAACGUUGAUGGGGCUAAUUUUCCUCCUAUCUCCACUUCAUGGUCUAAUGAACAGAACACUGUAGGUUUAGGAGAUGACAAAGGAGUUAACAGUGAACAGACAUAUGAUCUCAUCUUUGAUGUAUCGACUGAGGCCUUCUACAAAAAGAAUGAAGUGCUUGACCUAGGUCCGGAAAACACAACAUCGCUUUCAUCAAAAGUCUUGGAGCCGAGUCAUCAAGUAGUAUUAACAUCGAAGACUUUCACCGAGUGCUUAAACUCGUCUCACUACCUGACGUUUUCUACACAAAACGUUGUAACUAAUAUUAAAACUAAAGCCAGCGACAAACUACCUCGACUGUCCUCCUGUAAAAUCCAAGUCACCGCGCCGGCGUCCACAAUAUUCUACAUCAACGUGAUCUCCAUCAACGUCCAGUGCACGUCCUUCCAGCUCGUACUGACUGACGUAGGCGCCACGUCACGGCGACUAAUCAACUCCUGCGACAACGACAUCCCUAGCGAGCUGUGGAGCUUCACCAACGUCGUGGUGAUGACGUUUCUGGUGAGCCUUGAGUCCCAAGUCAUUCAAGUGGCCUUGAACUUUACGGCAGUGCCUGCCACCCAGAGACCACAACUUGAAAUUCUGUUUACUUCGAGUACUAGAGGUUACAUACAAACACCAAGCUGGGACGGGCAUAAAAGGUACCCGGUGCUAAUGGACAGCUGGGUGAAAGUGGACGUCCCUGAGCAGAGUGCUAUUAUGGUGUCAUUGCCUCAUAUCGACAUCGAAGGUGACUCGCCAUUCUAUUGUCCGGGCGAUGGUGUGGAACUGUACGUCAUCGAAACAUUAAAUCAGUCUUCAUGGACAAGAUGCAAAUCAAAACUAGUUCCUCCUACACUGUACCAAACACGAGCAUUGCUCGUUCAUUUCUACAGCAAUGAAUACGGCAGCAACACAGGCUUCCGACUUUUAUUCAGCAUCCACAACCAGUCUUCACUUCCGGUUGAGCUGGCAGAUGGUAGGUGGAACUGUUCUGGCUUAAACUGGACCGACUUUAGCAGUCACUUCUCCUGUAACCUAAGGUCUGACUGCGUCGGUAGUGAAGACGAAGCUAUCUGCCCCUACACCAGUGACCGCUGUGGGGUUGGCCAACCUUUUUUCGAAAACUCUUGUUAUAUCUGGCAGAAGCCUUCGCCUGUGAUGACGUGGAAGGAGGCGUUUGACUUUUGUUUGUCACGUGGGGCGCGUCUGGCCAGUCUCAACACCCCGGCAGAGUGGAACAACGCUAUUAGCUUAAUGAGCCUAGCAGACUACACCGUCGUCUUUGUAGGGAUGUUGCAGAUGUUCUUGCAGCGGCAGAUGUAUCUGAAUGCUUUUCAGUGGACAGACGGCACAAUAGCGUAUUUUAAGACCAUCAAUGGAUAUGCAACUAUGCCAGCCUGUGGGUUUUUUGUCUUUGACGCACUGCUGCUAGGAAUUAAACUUAAGGACUGCAGUGAACCAAGACAAGCACACGUUCUGUGCGAGACAGAAGCACACCCAGGAACUCAUCUCCCGUCAGAGCACAAGAACGACAAGCUCAUGAUCACACAGGUAGCUCCGUCCGCCUGGCAGAAAGACUCUUCAAAAGUAGUGUGCCCAGAAGGUCACGUGACACAGACCUUUCUGUCGUGUGACGUAGCCAGCUCUUGCUGGAGGCGGGCCUCUUCGUCAUUCUGUGACGCGCCGCUGGCCGUUCUCUCACCUGUCUUUGAUUGUGACAACGGCUUUGAUCGGGUGCCGUACACACUGGUGUGUGAUCAUCGUAUUGACUGCUCUGAUGGAAGUGACGAAAAUUUCUGUCAGUUCGCCUCCUGUUACAUCAGCAACAAAUAUGACUGCGGUAAUCAGCAGGUAACUAUACAUAAUUCAUCCUCUUUUUCUCUCUCUCUCUCUCUCACACACACACACACAAUUUCCUCAAUUUCGUACUCUUGA